AUGAUAGAGCUUGCUCUGUCUCUGUAUCUUUUCUUCUCAGUUAAAUAUGUCAAUUCUGUUUAUUCUCCUCCGACAAGUGAACAGUUUCAAAGUUGCUUGUCGUCAAAUCACUGCAAUUCAACAUUCAAAAGCCCUAUAAAUCUCGCCAAGGUCCACACACCAGAUUCAAGAAUCUACACUGACUUUUCCGAAUCCUCCUCAUCCCUAAAUUCAAGUUUCUUCAGUUUGAAUUUCACAAGCCUGAAACCGAUUCUUACCCUCAAACCGAAAUCCGAAACGGAAAUUAAAAAAGCAAUCCUAUGCAGCAAGAAACUUGGAGUGCAAGUAAGAACCCUGAGUGGUGGCCACGACUACGAAGGUCUCUCUUACCUCUCACAGUCUCCCUUCAUAAUCAUCGACCUCGUCAACCUCAGAUCGAUCAACAUCAACCUCAAAGACGACACAGCUUGGAUCCAAUCCGGAGCAACACUCGGCGAACUCUAUUACAAGAUCGCUAAAGCCAGCAAGAUCCUUGCCUUCUCCGCAGGGAUAUGUCCGAGUGUUGGAGUUGGUGGCCAUAUAAGCGGCGGUGGAUUCGGCACAAUAAUGAGAAAACACGGUUUAGCGUCUGAUAACGUCGUGGACGCGCAUUUGAUGGACGUAAACGGGAUAAUCCGCGACCGGAAAGCAAUGGGAGAGGAUUUGUUUUGGGCGCUUAGAGGCGGUGGAGCAGCGAGUUUUGGCGUUGUCUUGUCGUGGAAGGUAAAGCUUGUUAGGGUUCCUGAAAAGGUAACUUGCUUCAUAAGUCAGCAUCCGAUGGGAGAAAGCAUGAACAAGCUUGUUCAUCGAUGGCAAUUCAUAGGAGCAGAGCUAGACCAAGACUUAUUCAUCAGAGUCAUUAUCGACAACAGUCAAGAAGGGAAUCAAAGAAAGGUCAAAACAACUUUCCAAGCUCUGUUCCUUGGAGGGAUCGAUAGACUGAUUCCUCUGAUGAACAAGAAGUUUCCAGAAAUCGGAUUACGAGCUCAAGACUGCUCAGAAAUGAGCUGGAUCGAGUCGAUAAUGUUCUUCAACUGGAAGUCAGGACAACCGUUGGAGACCAUGCUCGACAGAGACCAGAGGUACGAGGAUCUUUACUUCAAAGCCAAAUCAGAUUUCGUUCAAAAACCAGUUCCAGAGAACGUUUUCGGAGAAGUCACCAAAAGGUUUCUCGAGAAAGAAACUCCACUGAUGAUCUUAGAGCCGCUCGGUGGGAAGAUCAGCGAGGUUUCAGAGACAGAGUCUCCAUAUCCACACAGGAGAGGGAAUCUUUACAAUAUACAGUAUAUGGUGAAGUGGAAAGUGAAUGAAGUCGAGGAGAUGAACAAGCAUGUGAGGUGGAUGAGAUCUCUUUACGAUUACAUGAGCCCUUACGUUUCUUCAUCGCCGAGAGGAGCUUAUCUGAAUUACAGAGAUCUUGAUUUGGGGACGACCAAAGGGAUCAACACGAGCUUCGAAGAUGCACAGGAAUGGGGUGAGAGAUACUUCAGAGGUAAUUUCAAGAAAUUGGGUUUGGUUAAAGGGAAGAUUGAUCCUACGAAUUUCUUCAGGAACGAACAGAGUAUUCCUCCUCUGUUUUGA